GGCCACCGAGGAACAAUAUAUGGAAGUGAGCUGAAUAUUUCACAUUCAUAAAGAAAUAUUUACGGUAACUCCCCGAUAUAUGUGUAUACACCGAGAGACCAACUGACGACACACGGCGUGGAUUCCUUUCGGAGUUUUCAUGGCACCACCAAAGAAGAGCAAAUUACCCAAACCACUCCCAGAUGGCUUCAUACUGACUGACACUGAGAAGAAGAAAUGGAGGCUGGGGAAAAUCAUUGGUCAAGGUGGCUUUGGACUGAUCUAUCUUGCCUCCCAGAACGUGGACAGACCUGUUGCAGCGGACACUGAAUUUGUGAUAAAAGUGGAGUACCACGAGAACGGCCCCCUGUUCUCCGAGCUCAAGUUCUACCAGAGGGCAGCCAAACUGGAGAGCAUACAAAAAUGGAUGAGAAGCAGGAAACUGGACUUUCUGGGCAUCCCUACAUACUGGGGAUCAGGGCUGGCUGAAUAUAAGGACCUCAGGUAUCGCUUUAUGGCCAUGGACCGACUGGGCAGCGAUCUCCAAAAAGUCUGCGACCGCAAUGGAGGCCGAAUCAAGAAGGCCACCGUGCUCCAGCUUGGUCAUGGACUGGUGGAUGUGCUGGAGUACAUCCAUCAGAACGAGUAUGUCCACGCAGACAUCAAAGCUGCCAACCUCAUGCUGGGUUUCAGAGACCCUGAACAGGUCUACCUUGCGGACUAUGGACUGGCCUACAGAUACUGUCCUGAUGGAGUCCACAAAGAGUACAAGGAAAACCCCAAAAAAGGCCACAAUGGAACCAUUGAGUACACCAGCCUUGAUGCCCACAAAGGAGCUGCUCCAUCGAGACGUUCUGACCUCCAGAUUUUGGGGUUCUGUCUUCUCCACUGGUUAUGUGGAUCUCUUCCUUGGGACACAUUUCUCAAUAACCCAAAUCAAGUCCAGGAGGCCAAGACCAGACUGAUGGAUGAUCUGCCAGACUCGGUCCAGCAGCUGUCAGCGAAAGGAGCCGGCACAGAUGAAGUGGCCAGGUUCCUGCUCUAUGUGAAAUCUCUGGGCCACCAGCAGGAGCCAGACUACCAGCAUUUGAAGCAUCUGCUGGUCAGCGGAGGGAAGGGGAAACUUGACUUCUCCCCGCCUCAAGGAUCUGCAGGAGAGUGUAGUACCAAGGUGUCAGAUCCUCCUGCUAAAGGCAAGAAACCAGGACGCCCCAGAGGGUCCAAAGCCAAGCCUGCACCUCCAAAGGUGGAGGAUGAUGAUGAUGAUUAUGAUAGUGAAGAGGAGGAGGAGAGGGAGAUGAAGACAAAACCUGUGGAUGCCCGCUACAUAAGAGGACCACCAAUCACUAAAUCACAAAAGGGAAGCUCCGAAACAAUCUUUAUUGCUGUUCACUUACAGAAGGAAAAAGGAAAAGGAGUCAGAAGAUCAGCGAGGGCGAAGCCUGAACCUGUGUCUUAUGUUGAAUUUGAUAGCAUAGAUGAGGAUGAGGAUGAUGAAGACGAAGAGGCCAGACCCAAGCCCAUCCCUGCAUGCUAUCGUAGAGGCCCUCCGACUGGACCCAGAAAUCAGCCUAAUAGAACAAAUUCCAAAAGGAGCUCCGAGGGGUUCACUGACGACCUCACCCCGCCCUACUCACUGAGACAGGAAGUCAAACAGCAGCUACGUCCACAGAGGAGAAAACAUCUGGCUGAAAACAGUCAGCCGGCACAUGUGGACUGCAGGGAAAGAUGGGAUGAAAGGCAUGUUGUGUACAGACAGCAGCAGUGGAUUCACAGCGAGUGCUCCUAUCAACACACAUGUAGCUGUGGUAGAAGUGAAGUGAAGGCUGCUCCCACACAGAGGAACACACUGGUACAGUACUGGUUUGUCUUAAUGGGAGUCUUCCUUUUCCUGGGAGCUGCUACUGCCUUUAUAUAAAGCAGUGAGUGUGUGUGUG